UUUCUUUUCUUCUUUUCUCUCGUUUCUCUGUUUGUAUCAUUCAAGCUUUCUCUCUCUACUUUCUCUCUCUUACCUCUUUCAUAUGCACUUUCAUCUUCUUCAAUUCUUCAACUAUUUUCAAUCUUACAAUUUUGUUGAUAAUUCUUGAAGAAAAUGCAAUGAAAAACAGAGUAAUUGAUGAAUUAUGAGUGUAGUUUUUCUCUGUAGUUGACGAUCUUGAAUGAGCUUUGUUUUGUUUCUGGAUUUUGGUGCUGGAUUUUUAAAGCUACUUUUCAGGAAAUCGAUCGAUUUCUUCAGUUCUGCGGUUGAAUUCAGAGAGAAAAACAGCGAUUUGAAAGAUCAAUAGUACAGAAGAAUCAAUAACAAAGAAGAGGAGAGAAACUGCAAUUACUGAGCGUUGAAGAAUCUUCUGCAUUUUCCUCCUAUUUUUAGAAUCCAAAGAUUGAAGCUGAGAUUUAAUUUUCCAUUUCCAAAAAAUCGCAAGUUUAAUCUUCAGGUGUAGUAGAUGGAAAAGGAAGUGGUAAAGAAUCAUCAUCACCAGCAGCAACAACAGCAUCAUCAUCAUCAUCCCCACAACAAUAAUACUACUACCUCAACAAGUAGUCUUAGAGAGAAGCACAUAAUUGGGGAGGGAUUCAUUAGGCCUCCCCAAUCGGCCGAUUUCGUGUUGCGGUGGGGUAGCCGGAAACGUCUCAGGUGUAUGAAGAUCCAGGUUAAAAAUGAGUCUACCCCGGUCACCACCCGGACAACUGUCCGGGUGGACCGGCGGGUAGUUAGAUCCGAUAAUAAUAAUAAUAAAGAUAAUAAUAAUACAAUUGGUAGUGGUAAUCAUCCUGCAAAUGGGUAUUUUAAUCUCCGGCAACGGCCUGCAUCUCCAGCUCGGCCUCCUUCGCGAAUUCUCAGGAAUUCAGAAGUUGGAUCAGGAAUGAAGGGGCAGCAUAGUAAUGGAGGAGGAGGGAUGAGAGGGUUGGGGUCACCGGAGAGAGAAAAGAAAGGUGGGUCCCACCACCAUCAUAAUCAGCAAGAGAAUUUGGUGGUGAAUGGUGGAGGUAAAACGGCGUCGUCUGAGACCAAAGGUGGUGGGUCAUCUUCGGGCGGUGGAAGCGACGUCGUUUGGCCACCUAAAUUUAUGAUCGCUCUUACUAAUAAAGAAAAAGAGGAGGAUUUUAUGGCAAUCAAAGGCUCUAAGUUACCUCAAAGACCCAAAAAGCGUGCUAAGUUUGUUCAACGUACCCUCAAUUUAGUGAGCCCUGGAGGUUGGUUGUGCGAUCUUACUUUGGAGCGCUAUGAGGUCAGAGAGAAAAAGAUUACAAAGAAGGUAAUUCAGAGGCCAAGAGGAUUGAAGGCAAUGGGCAACUACAUGGAGUCGGACUCUGAUUAAUAGUUGGUAGGGUUGUUCUUUCAUACUUCGUAUAAGUUAUGGUAGCAUCAGCAUAUUGAUGGAAAAGGAAGGAAGUUUAUGUAAAUUAUCACUUUUUCAUCCCAUGAAAGCAAUGAUGAAGAAAAUAGAUUUUUGUUUUCUGAUA